AUGAAGGAGACAUUUGACUUGACCACUCAGCUCGCGUUUUAUAAGCGCUAUCAUAGCAACGACACUAAUGUACAAAUCCACGCUGUGUUUGUGCCACUGAUUUUGUAUUCAUCCAUGGUGAUUUUGCAUAAGGUGGAACUAGGAGCGGGCUGGACGUUGACGCAUGUAUUGGCGGUUGUUUUCGCAAGCUACUAUGUGGCGCUAGACUUGAGAGCUGGUACUCUGGCUGCUAGCAUUUUGGCAAUCACGGUAAGGAAGAUAGACUCCGGAGCAUUAAACAUCCCGGUGAAUUGGGCAUUAUUGAUUUUUACAACUGGAUGGGUUGCACAGUUUAUGGGCCACGGCGUAUUUGAGCGUCAGCGGCCCGCGUUAUUGGACAAUUUGGUUCAAGGUUUGGUGACGGCUCCUUUUUUAAUCCUUUUCGAGCUUUUGUUUGCGUUGGGACUCUACAAGUCUCUGCAACUGGAGAUUUUGCAGCAAGUUGCACGCAAAAAUAGGGAAGCAGGUCGUUGCUGA